UCUGGUAACUGAACUCUAUCUAAAAGGUUUCUCCUGGCUUGCUCUCGGGUUUUCCGCUGAUUUUCCCAAAAAUGACGGCGUCUUGCGCGCCUCGCCGCGCGCCUUGCCAGGCACCUCCCGGCCGCCCAGAGAGUCCCCCUUUUCCUUGGUGCUGCGGCGGGAUUCUUUUGCUGUCUUUAGUGCUCCCGUUGCCCAUAUUCUCCGGUCCCUGUAUUGACCCACCAGUAAUGGAGAGUAUGAAGCUCAAGGGUGUCAUUAAACGCCAUUAUUAUUCUGGGGACAGAAUAAACUAUGAGUGUCGCAUAGGAUACUUUUAUGUGUGGCCUUAUCUCCUCUCAUCUACUUGUGAGCCUAAUGGCUCAUGGAGCCCUAUUGAAGAAGCAUGUUUAAGAAAAUCAUGUCCAAAUCCAGAAAUAAAGCAUGGUGAAGUAUAUGCCCCAAAUAAAACCUUUGAGUUUGAAUCAGAAGCUCACAUUUCUUGUAAUGAGGGUUAUUACUUAAGAGGAAAAAGCAUUCUAACUUGUAACCGUAUUGGAGGGAAUGUGCAUUGGAGUGAUAAGAUACCACAUUGUGAAAAGAUUUUUUGUGGACGACCUCCAGAAAUAAAACAUGGAAAACACACCAAUAGCUACAGGAAUAUAUUUGAAUAUAAUGAAUUAGUAACUUAUAGUUGUAAUCCUUCAAAUGGAUCAGAUGAAUAUUCGCUUGUUGGAGAGAGACAGCUUAUUUGUUCUGGACCUGGCAAAUGGAGUAGUGCUGCUCCUCUGUGUAAAGUGGUCAAAUGUGAACGUCCAGUACUCGAACAUGGAAUAAUGGUAUCAGGAAGUAGAAAAAAAUUUUCUUACCAAGCAGUGGUGAUAUUUGAAUGCCUCCAGGGUUUUUACCUUAAUGGCAGCAACCUAGUGUUCUGUGGUGGUAAUAAUACUUGGGAGCCUGAGAUGCCAAAGUGUAUUAAAGGUUACAAGCCUACUCAUCCAACCAAGACUCCACUUGCAAAAUAUCCAGGAUAUCCCAAUCCCAGCAAUGAAAUACUAUCACUUGAUGACUUUGAGGAUUUAGAUACAGGAAUCAUUGCUCUGAUUAUUCUUACUGCAAUUGUUGCUGUUGUAGUAGUUUGUACCUGCUUAUACAGAUGUCUUCACAGUGAGAGGAAAGAGGAGAAGGAUAUGAAAAAGAAGGAGAAGAAAGAGAAGAAGGAAAAGGAGAAAAAGGAAAACAAGAAGAAGGAGAAGGAGAAGAGAAGAAGAUGAAAGAGAAAAAGGAAGUUGGUGCCGGACCCACCACUCACCAGAAAAAAACAACCAGUCGAUCAGUGCAGAAGCACUAAUUAUUUUCCACAAACCCAUGUGUCAGUUUAUCUUUUGAUUCUAUUAAUAUGUUAAGAUCUACAGUAAAUUCAUACAGCAACUAUGGAAAACAGUAUACAUGUUACUCAAAAAAUUAAAAAUAGUGCCACCGGGGCUUCCCUGGUGGUGCAGUGGUUGAGAGUCCGCCUGCCAAUGCAGGGGACAUGGGAUCAUGCCCCGGUCCGGGAAGAUCCCACAUGCCACAGAGCGGCUGGGCCCGUGAGCCAUGGCCGCUGAGCCUGCACGUCCGGAGCCUAUGCUCCGCAACGGGAGAGGCCACAACAGUGAGAGGCCUGCGUACCGCAAAAAAAAAAAAUAAUAAUAGUGCCACCAUAUGAUUCAGCAAUUCCACAAUAGGUAUAUAUCCGAAGGAAACGAAAUCACCCUAUGAAGAGAUAACUGCACCUCCCUGUGUAUUGCAGCAUUAUUUACAACAACCACGACAUGGAAGGAACCUAAGUGUUCAGUGAUGGAUGAAUGGAUAAAGAAAAUGUGAGAUAUAUAUAGGUAUAUAUAUAUAUAUAUAUAUAUACACACACACACGCACACACAUACACACAAAUGUAUAUACAUACACAUAUACACACAUACAGUGGAAUACAAUUCAGCCAUGAAAAAGAAGGAAAUCCUGCCAUUUGCAACAACGCUUAUGGAACUUGAGGGCAUUAUGCUAAGUGAACAAGCCAUACAGAAAGAGACAAAUGCUGAAUGACCUCACUUAUAUAUGGAAUCCAAAAAUCCACACUCACAGAAAAAGAAAUCAGCUUUUUGGUUGCCAGAGGCAGGGGGUGGGGAUGAUGGGGGAAUUGGGUGAAGGGUGUCAAAAGGUACAAAAUUCCAGAUAUAAGAUAAAUGAAUAUUGGGAUAUAAUGUAAGGCGUAGUGACAAUAAUUAGUAAUUCUUUAUUGUAUACAGCUGACACUCUGUAUCUGAUGGUUCUGCAUCAGCAUCCCUGGAUACAGAGGGCCGCCUGUGCUCUGCCAUAUAAUAUAAAGGACUUGAGAAUUCAGAGUUUUAUUUGCAGGGGAAGGGGGUGGGAAUCUGGAACCAAUCCUCCUAGGAUAUCAAAGAAAACUGCAUUGGCAAAUUGCUAAGAGAGUAGGUCUUCAAAUUUCUGAUCAUGAAGAAGAAGAGGAAAACUUUUGGUAACUAUGAGAGGUGAUGGAUGUUAAGAAAUUUAUUGUGGUAAUCAUUUCACAAUGUAUACAUUAUCAACUCAUGCUGUACACCUUAAACCUAUACAGUGUUAUACAGGCAUACCUCAGUUUUCUUGUUCUUCACUUUGUUGCACUUUGCAGAUAUUGCAUUUUUUACAGAUUGAAGAUUUGUGGCAACCCUGCAUCAGCAAGUUUAUUGACGCCAUUUUUCCAACAGCAUUUGUUCAUUUCAGGUCUCUGUCACAUUUUGGUAAUUCUUGGAAUAACUCAAACUUUUAAAAUUAUUAUUCUAUGUGUACACUACUUCAGCCCUUAGUAAAAAGAAAAACACUGCACAUUUGGGAUUUGAACAAGUUUGACUUCCUUAACAAGAAUAUUACCAGAAAAUGUUCUUAGAGUAAUAGAAUGAAAUUCUAUUUUUAAAAAUUAUUUGUAACUUCCUGGUGAUUUAGAGACACUAUAAAGUUUGUCUGGCAUUUGUUCUUCACCCCUUUUAAUAACAAUUAACCAGUCUAAGAAAUCAAGAAGAAUUCGGCAUCAGUUGCAGUUGCAUGCUUCUGUACAAAGUUAGAGGACUUCUAACACCCACAGCAGGAAUGCCAGCUCAGGACAAAGUGAACACUGUGGCCUUGUAGUUUUCUUAAAAAGAAUUCCAUUCUUUAAGAGAGUUGGAGUCCACCCUAAAUUCUGGCUAUAGGUGGUUUUCUUUCCCCACUUGAAUAAAGAGAUGUCUUACUUUAAACAUGUCAUCUGAUUGUAGGCAGCUUAUAGGGAAUAAAUUCAUCAGAUAACCUCAAGUUGCAUCAGAAUCUGAGUCUUUGAGGGCUCCUCCCCUCAUCUGUAAAGGACAGAGUAAAAAUGAAGCCCCGUAUUUCAGAAAAGCAAACUUUGUGGAUUUGCUGUAAGUCAUGCAAAGGGAAAGAAAGAAGAAAGAGCUCAGUAGCACUUGACGCUCAGGUGGGACAGAUCCCAGCCCUCUUCUCUGUCCUCACACCACGCAGGGCCUCCUUCAAAUGAGCCAGGGGCCAAAGAGGAGGGACUGCUGCUCUAACUCAAAUUUACAUUUUUACAUGUUUUGCUUCACAAUUUUUUAGUUACUUUUUUCAGUUACAGCACAAAUUGGGCCAAAGAAACGUUGCCUUGAGAAGGAUAUGAAUGAGGAAUCAAGGGUGGACCAGAGUAAAUAUUCCUUUACUCCCUAAGGACAUGUUUGUAAAGCCCUGUAAGUGGUCUUUCUCUUUGUAAUCUCGGGCAAGGCACUUUAGGAAGAUAAUUCUGAACAGAAUAAAUUCAGGAGUUUUGAAAUAAAUGUUGAAGUUUUGCUGUACCCACUUUCACACGCUUUUCAAGAAUGCAGCACUUGCUUAGAAACAAGGGGUGGCUGUAAGUACUUAAUUUUUAGAAACCCUCAAGGAGGUAUUUUUCAACCAAAGAUUAUUAUGCUUACCAAAAUAAACUGACUUUCAUAGUAGUUUCAAAUUUAGUUUUUCCAAUUUAAUGUAUUUAUAUGUGAGAUUGAAAUAUGUGUGGAAAUAUAAAUUAUGUUCUCUUUGUCAAAUAUUAAUUUGCCAAUUACUUAAAUAUAUGGGGAAACCAUUUUUUCUCUAGAAAUGUUUGUUUAAAUGAGAGAGGGAAAAGUGUAUUUGAAUUUAAAGGUUUCUUAAAACUUCAAGAAUGUAUCCCCAGUGAAAUGAGAAGUCUCGUGUCUGUAUUGUUCAUUUUUCGUGAA